AUGGAUUCGUGGGAAGAAAUAACAAUUGAUGAUAAAAAAUAUUUAAUAUCUACUUACAGUAAUAGAAAUCAAUGGAAAAUAAUGUUGACUGAUUUUCGAGAGCUAUUUACUGAGUUGUUGUCAAUGGAAAAAAUAACAAACAAAUGCCAAGAAUUAAAUCCACUAUUGAGCAUUGAGGACUUUGACAUAAACUCAAUAGUUGAAGACUUAUUGAUAAAUUUACCAAAAUAUUUAUCUGAAAAAUCGUCGACGUCAAAGUUGGAAUUGACAAAAAAAAUCGAAGGUGGUAUUUUUAAAUUUGCUGUCGAUUUGGAGGCAUGUAAGGACAGCAAUGAGUUUUUUGAAGUAAUCACCAGUCCUCUUUGUCUGCGUCUCGUUGAGCUCGACCGCGAAAACGAUUUUAUUAUUGAUGAGAUAUUAAAAAAAGACGAUGAAAUUGAGGAAAUUGAGAGAACAAAUGAUAUUCAUUUUCGCCUUCAUAUGAGAACAAGGGUGUUUCGUAGAUCGCAUUUGCCCCCCGUAAAGUCUAAUUACGGUCAGGAUGAGCUUUAUCGAAGUUUUAUAAAUUUUUUUCAUGGACACGAAGGAUUGUUCAGAAAAGUUUAUGUCAGAGAUGAUGACAGUGUUGGAAAAAAUCAAGAACAAUUAGAGAGUCCUGAUGAUACUAAUCAUCUGGAGGUAAAUAAUGAAAUUGAAACGAGUGUCAAAAUUUCUGAUGAGAAUAAUAUGAAUAAUUCAACUGAUAAUGAUAAAAAUAAAGUUGUCGAAAAUCCAGAGGCUGAAAAAGAUGCUCAGAAGAAUCCGAAGCGUCCUAGUGGAUCAAAGCCUCAUUUGAGGAGCAGUAAGCGUAUUAAAAAGAAACUGAGUGAUUUUAUAUCAUAA